CAUCCAAGAACUUGCUUUGUUGUAUGAAGAAUAUUCUAUUGCCUAAAAUUAGGUAUUGGUUUUUCUAGUAAAGAACUUGCAUUGGUUUUUGACGUUAAGAAAACUAUUGGAUUCGUAACACUAGUUAUUUUUAGAAAGAGGUUAGAGCAAGAAAAUGGCGAAAAAUAUAUAUUGGAAAUUUUUGUAUGAAUUAAGUAGCGCAUUGAAUCGAGGCAACCGCCGCGGUCAUACUUUUCAUCUCACCAUGUCGUCUGGCGGCAAAAAUGGAAUCGUUUCCUUUCUUUUUUUCCUGCUUUUCUUCUCUCCGCCGCCCUCCGCUGCUCAACUCACUGACUCGAACAUAGGGCAUGAGUCCUAUCCCCGUUUUACCCCUACCAUGGCUAUGAUCAUCGCCGGUUUGGUUGUUGCUUUGUUUUUUAUGGGUUUUUUCUCGAUUUAUUUACGGAACUGCUCUAGAUCUGGCGGGAAUGGAAGCAGCGUCCGCCCUGUCAACGUCGGAGCCUGGCGUGGCCGUCGUGAUGAGAUGCGUGGGCUUGAAGCAUCUGUGAUCGAGACUUUCCCCACCAUGGUUUACUCCGAAGUGAAAGUUCAUAAGAUCGGGAAAGGAGCUUUGGAGUGCGCGGUUUGUUUGAACGAGUUCGAAGAUGACGAAACGCUGCGUUUAAUCCCCAAAUGCAACCACGUUUUCCACGCUGAAUGUAUCGAUCCUUGGUUGGCUUCUCAUGUUACAUGCCCCGUUUGUAGAGCUAAUCUCGAUACUCAACCUGGUGACCCUGUGAGCCAACCCACUGAGUUAGAUAAUACGGUCAUCGAGUUAGACCUCGAGGCUCAAAAUAACGACAAUGAUUUGGAAAUAAGAGAAGAAAGGAGGGAGAAUCAAAAUAUCAAUAUCAUUAAUUCUGAUGUGGAGGCUCGAGUCUCUUUAGAGGUUGAAAUAAUUAACGUGAACCAAAUUUUAAAUAUGAAUUACACACGUAAACCCUUUUUUCCACGAUCGCACUCGACCGGACACUCUUUAGUCCAACCAAGUGAAAACACAGAUCGAUUCACUUUCCAAUUACCGAUUGAUGUUCGAAAACAAUUAUUAAAUCGAAAAUUAAAUCGGGCAACAAGUUUAGUGUUGCCUAAAGAAAGAAGUUCACUAACCAGAAAAAACGAUUAUGGAAGUAGUAGAUGAAAGCUUUUCAGACCGCUUGGCAAGUUAGACCAUAGAUCCAAGUUAGACCGAUAGGUGUUUUUAUGACACCACCGUUUUUUUUAGUAGGGACUCUUCUAUGAAUCCACUAAAUUGGCGCCGACUAGUGACGAAGGGACUUGAAGUUUGCCAAUUAAACCCGCGGGUGACUCGAGCCGUCUUCCGAUCUAA